UUUAUAAAUCGGGUUCGGGAUUCGAAUUUAAUGUUUAUUUAUGCUAAAAUACAUAGGUGAUAGGAUUGCCUGUUCAAAUCAUAGACAUAGAUAGGCAUGUCUGAUCUUAGGAAGAGACAACGGAACGAAGAUGUUGUGGAAUCUCCACAUUCAGAUGAAGACGAGGCUGUAGACCUUCCUGGUAAUCCUCAGCUGAAAGACCCUCAAUCUAUUCCACAGGGCUCAGACAAAACAACAGAAGCACUUGACACUGCACUAAAAGAUUUGACGCCACGGUGGAGAAACUGGAUUAUUCGUGGAAUAUUUACCUGGUUGAUGAUAUUUGGUUUCUUCUUUUUGGUAUAUCUUGGACCACUGGCUCUAGUAUUAACAAUAUUUGCAAUACAGAUUAAGUGUUUCCAUGAGAUCAUAACAAUUGGAUAUGCAGUGUACAAAUCGUAUGAUCUUCCAUGGUUUCGAACACUCAGCUGGUACUUUCUAUUCACAUCCAACUACUUUUUUUAUGGAGAAAGUCUCAUUGAUUACUUCGGGGUUCUGCUGCAUAGAAUGGAGUUCCUGCGGUAUCUGGUAUCCUUCCACAGGUUCAUUUCUUUCUCCCUGUAUGUAGCCGGAUUUGUUGGAUUUGUGUUUAGCUUGGUGAAAAAGCACUACCUGAAACAGUUCACUCUGUUUGGAUGGACCCAUGUAACUCUGUUAAUCAUUGUGACCCAGUCCCAUUUAAUAAUUCACAAUGUCUUCGAAGGAAUCAUUUGGCUACUGGUUCCAGUUUCAAUGAUCAUAUGUAACGAUAUCAUGGCAUACAUGUUUGGCUUCUUCUUUGGCAAAACUCCACUCAUAAAACUCUCACCAAAGAAAACUUGGGAAGGUUUCAUAGGAGGAGCACUGUCUACGGUCCUGUUCGGGUUUUUGGUAUCGUAUGUAUUGGUACAGUUUGACUACUUUGUGUGUCCAAUUUCAUACGAUGAUGUCCGUGACAAUUUGUCAAUGGAGUGCACCCGUCAUCCUGUUUUUAUUCUGACAGAGUUUAGUCUCCCUCUUGUGACUCAGAAGUUUUUCAGCAUUUUUGGAUUGUCAAUGACCACAGUGAAAAUAUACCCUUUUAUCCUUCACUCGAUCUCAAUGUCUGUGUUUGCCUCUGUUAUUGGUCCCUUUGGAGGUUUUUUUGCCAGUGGAUUUAAAAGAGCCUUUAAAAUAAAGGAUUUUGGUGAUCUGAUUCCAGGCCAUGGGGGAAUCAUGGAUAGAUUUGACUGCCAGUUUAUGAUGGCCACUUUUGUAAAUGUAUAUUAUGCUAGUUUUAUAAGGGCACCAAAUCCACAGAAAAUUAUUCAAAGUGUGCUUCUGCUAACCCAGGAGGAACAGCUACAGGUCUUUAACAUGCUUAAGGAGAAACUUAUACAGACAGGAAUUCUCAAUGAAACUUUGUCUUGACCUAAUUUAUUUGUUAUUCAUAUUUUGUUUAAUUUGUAGUUAGUGCAGGUAUAUUUAUUUUAGAUUUUAGUAGAAUAGACUUUAAAACAAAGUAGUGUGUAUUGCUUACUUUUUAUCUUACAGGUUAUCUUAUAGGUUUUUCUGAAAGUCAUUUGAAAAGCUUAUGUAAUGGUAAGGCAUUUUCUGUCUACUCUAAAUGUGUACAAGAAUUUUGAUUCGAGUGAGAUGAUCAUCAAAAUCUUUUCAUAAUUUGUUUGUUUUAUGACAUCAUUAACUUUUCACAUUUUCAAUUACUGCUCCAGAACUACUGAGUCAGUUUUUUUUUCCAAUCUUGACUUGAAGGAUCCUUUAGAGUUGAUAUUGGAAUUAAUGCAGGGUGUUUAAACAUAUGUUCAAUAACCACUGAAUGCUUUCAUAUAAAAAGAUUAGAGUUUGGGGUCAGGAUGGGGGCACAACAGUGGUUUGAAGUUUUACGUAGAAAUAUCGAGGAAAUGUCUUUAAAACUUUUCUUCAGAAUUUCAAGAACUACAAGUCUGUAAUUUGUCAAUAUGCAAGCUUUCUUAUGUGGUUUAGAUCUAAGUUUGUUUAACCCAUAACCCCUGAAACCACAAAAAAGGAGUAAAUUUUGCAUUGUUUAAUAACAGUUAUAGCUCACGUGAGCUGGACUUUAGUGAGCUUUUCUAGUUUAAAUGUGUCAAUCAUCUUGCAUCUUUUGUCAUUGUAGUUGUUAUAACCUUUUCACAAUUUCAACUUCCCCACUUGGCCGUUUUCAUCAAAAUUUGUAACAAAGAAUCCUUCAAUACAGGAGAUUGAAACUUGUUCAAAUCAAGGGACAUGUAGCAAUGAUAAAGAAAUAGUGAAAAUAGAAUGUAGUGUUUUAAAAUUCUUCAUCUCAAAAACCACAAAAGCAAUAUAAUUUUUUCUUUGUAUGUAACAAAUAUAAUAAUGCCAGAAGUCAAUUAUUUAGAAGUCUUUUACAUUUUUCUCAAUUAUCUAUUAUUGAUACUCACUUACUUCUUAUGGAGAGACGAAGCCCAACAUGUUGAAAUAAACCAACAUAUUUUUUCCUCUGUUCAAAAGUUCAUCAGAGAUUCUGGAAGAUCUACUGUUAUUACUACCUAACACCAUGCUUUAUUCAAAUAACUGACAUUUAAUACAUGUAUAUUUAUUUAAUGUAACUAAGAAAUGAUAAUGUCUAUUUAUAAUAUUAAUUAGUAUAUUGACUGUUGUAUAUUUAAGGUGAGAACCUCACAAGUUGCAGGAACUUGUGUUCAAGCCGUUUGUAUAAUAUGCACUGACUUCUACAAUAAGAUAUAUUUAAAUCAAACAAAAGCUAAGAUUUGUUUAAAAUUUCAUUACAUGUAUAUUAUGAAGAUUCAAAUUUGUUUAAACCAUGAGCCCCAAGGCCAAGUCAUAACAGGGGUUCAAAAUUUUACUUAGGAAUAUCUUCUUGAUAACAACUAGGGUGCAAUUUGACAAAUUGAUAAGUAGUGUAGAUUCAAGUUUAUUCACACAAUGGGGCUUGUGCAAGGCCACGAUAGAGAUUCAAAGUUUUACGAAGGGAUUUAUAGGGAAAUCAAUAUAGCAGACACAGAACAGACUCAAAGAAGACACAAAAGUGUGAAAGUGGAUACAGCAGACUCGGUCUGUGGUAUGAUGUUGGAGACAGAGUUGAUACAGUCAGUCAGUGGUAUGAUGUUGGAGACAGAGUUGAUACAGUCAGUCUGUGGUAUGAUGUUGGGAGACAGAGUUGAUACAGUCAGUCGGUGGUAUGAUGUUGGAGACAGAGUUGAUACAGUCAGUCUGUGGUAUGAUGUUGGAGACAGAGUUGAUACAGUCAGUCUGUGGUAUGAUGUUGGGAGACAGAGUUGAUACAGUCAGUCUGUGGUAUGAUGUUGGAGACAGAGUUGAUACAGUCAGUCUGUGGUAUGAUGUUGGAGACAGAGUUGAUACAGUCAGUCGGAAUGAAUGCACUACCUGACAGCUCUCUAGAUGUUAAUCAAGAGAAAGUUGAUUUAAUUGAAUUUGAAUUUAAAUGCAAAUUGUUAUGUUAAUUAUAAUAGUUCUUUUUACUUUAUCAUUCAUUGUAAAUUAUUUAAGAUACAAUGUACUUACAGAACUUAGAUUUAUUUCAAUUACAAGUCCUUCACUUGUUUUUAUUUAGAAAUAAAAAAAAAAUUGCUGUGCAAA